ACCAUGACCUCCGUUUACCAUGACCUCCCAUUAGUGUGACCCCUUACCACCCUGUGCAAUGAUUCUUACCCCUUCCCUCCCUUGAUUAUCAAUGGUUCAUGUGCAUUCUGGUGGCAGCAUGCUCACACUGUAUAUCUCUUUAGAUGCGGUUGCUGGCCCUUCCAACAUGAACCUUGCCAUUGCCGCUCAUGACUUUGGUGACAGUUCCUCCCAGCUGGCUGCUAGCAAUGUUCCCUUCCCUCCAUGUGCUGUUCGCAUAAUGGAGGAAGGUUGGAAGGACUACCUCCCUCUCACCCUCAUCUUGACUGAGUUCUCGCGGGGUCAACAGUAUGCUUCCCGGCGAGCAGAGACCACCCAACUGCGUAAUGGCAUCUUGAUCAACCGUGACCUUGCUGCAAUGGAGACAUCAGAGCGUUGGAUGGGGAUGACAGACUUCAUCGAUGCUGCUGACCGCAUGCCGCAUCUCAUUCGCAUGCAUUACUGCCCCAAGGAAGGCCGCCAUGUUUUGGCAUCUGCAUGGAUGGCUCACUAUCACAACAUCAUCGCCCAUCCUGACUUUCGUUCCAUUCAUGGCUUGCUCAUUCAGUAUGACAUGGAUAUUUGCCGUCGUGCUGUCGCCCAUCAGCACUUCAACCCAGGCACCUGGCAGGCUAAUAUCUAUGAUGCUAUAAAGUCCGACUACCUCUUGUAUCGUCAAGAACGAUUUGAUUCACAAGGAUACCCAUGGCGCUCUGCGAAUAAUGGCACUCCCUCUACUGCUCCUGCACCUCCACCUCCACCUGCACUGGCUAGGCUGCCACCUCUGCUGACUCAACCUUUUCCACGCAGUGCUCUACCGCACUGCUUCCCUACCUCAAGUCAGAAGGUUACCGCAAACUCACGCCGGAUGGCACACAUGUCUGCUAUGCACACAACACCCGGGGUUGCCAUUCAACCACUUGCAAGUUCACUCACGUCUGCUCGCUCUGCGGCUCCAAAGAUCACGCUGCCCAGUGAUGCCGGGCGGUCUGAUUCUAUCCGGCGGAUUAUUACCCCUCUGCGCUGGAACGUCUGGAGGGAUGAACUGCAAGCAGCCGGCUGCCUUGCAGAGUUUUCUGAUAUUCCUAUUGGCAUUCAUGACGGUUUUCGCAUCAGUGUUUCUGCCCCUAUUAUGGCUACCUAUACUCCGCCUAAUCACCAGUCUUCUCAGAGCAACCCUGAGGCCCUCAAGCUUCACAUUCAUACUGAACUAUCUGCUCGGCGAUACUCUGGACCUUUCCAUCCCUCUCGACUCGAGUCCCUUAUUGGUCCUUUUCGUACCUCUCCGAUGGGCAUUAUUCCCAAAUCUAACCCCGGCACCUACCACAUCAUUCAGGACUUCUCCUUUCCACGUAACCACCCUAGUAUCUUCUCCGUCAAUGAUGACAUUGAUGCAAGCGAGUUCCAGUGCGAGUGGGGCACCUUUGUCGAGUGUGUCUUACUUAUCGCAGAUGCUCCCGAAGGAACUCAGGCCUCUGUCAAUGAUGUUCAAAAUGCAUACCGCAACAUCCCUAUUCAUCCCGAUGACCAACCCUACCUUGUUAUCUUCUUUCUUGGCUUAGUCAUCUUGGACCACUGUGCUGCCUUUGGAUCCUGUAGUGCGCCGGGAAUCUUUGGUCGAUUGGCUGAUGCCAUUGUUCGAAUUUUCAAGCGCUAUGGUGUUCAGGCGAUCAUCAAGUGGGUCGACGACUUUGUCUUUUGGCGAUACCCUACUCGGCGUCUGCGUGACGGCUCAUUCGAGUAUCCAUACGAUGAGUCUCUUAUUUUUUCUGUGGCUGCCAAACUGGGCUGGCCGUGGUCUCCCUCCAAGCACACACCCUUCGCGUCUUCCUUCACCUACAAUGGCUUCACAUGGAACAUUCCCUCUCGCACCGUGGAACUUCCUGAAACAAAGAAGUUAAAGUAUCUUGAGCGCUUGGCACCUUGGAUCACCGGGGCAACAUUUACACUCAAGGAUUGUGAGAAACUCGUGGGUACACUCAAUCACUGUUGCCUCGCGGUCCCUGAAGGAUGAUCUCAUUUGCCCUCUUUCUACCGAUUCGCCAGUGGCUUCCGCAAUGCCUGCUCCAGCUUCUCCCGACACAGGGUCCCACCUGCUGUUUUGGAAGAUGCGUGCUGGUGGCGUACUUGCCUGUCUGGACCAUUCUGCGGCUCUCGCGUGGUGGUUUCACCUGCCGUCACAGAUCUACAAUUAUUUGUUGAUGCUUCUACUUCUUGGGAAAUUGGCCUUGUUGCAAAUGGCAGAUGGUUAGCAUGGGAGUUGAGACCUGGUUAGAAAUCUGAUGGCCGUGAGAUUGGCUGGGCUGAGAUGGUCACAGUAGAACUCGCCACACAUUUCGCAGUUGCCAGUGGAUAUACGGGUGUCCAAGUAUUGGUCCACUCUGAUAAUGAAGGUGUCAAUGGUGC